AUGUCUUCCCCUGACCGAGCCAAAGCCGAUGACGAAUGGGUCGGCGACGUACGGCAUGGCUCCCGCACCGGUGCCAGUGUACUCGCGGAUACUGAGGGCUCUCGCAACGCCGUCGACAUGUCCGGGCUCGACGGCCUCACACUCUACGAGAAGAAGUGCGCGCUGGUCAACCGCGAGAUUGACUACCAGGGCAUGGGCCGCUACCAGUGGUACAUCUGGUGCCUCUGCGGUUUCGGCUACCUCCUCGACCUCCUGUGGGCGCAGGCCUUUGGCCUCGUGCUGAGCCCGCUCGAACAGGAGCUUGGCUUCGGCAACGACCAGUCUGGCAACAUAUCGACGAGCUUCAACGCCGGGCUGACGGCUGGAGCUUUCUUCUGGGGCUGCCUGUCUGAUAUCGUUGGCCGGCGGUGGGCUUUCAAUUUGACUUGCCUCUUCUCAUCGGUCUUCGGGUUAUGUCUAGGCGCAUCCAACAACUACAACACCUUCCUCGUGUUGACAGCCUUUGUCGGCUUCGGUGUGGGGGGCAACAUCCCGAUCGACACGACCAUUGUGCUCGAGUUCAUACCACAGAACCGGCGCUUCCUCUUAGCCUGCCUCUCCAUUUUCCAACCCUUUGGCGUCAUCCUCUGCAGCGCCAUCGCCUUCGGCUUCAUCCCCGUCUACUCUUGCUCCCCCAACUUCUCCGAGCCCAACCCUUUGCCCUCGUGCAACAACGUCCCCGCGGGGACGGCCUGCUGCGCACGCGCCGACAAUCAAGGAUGGCGGUACCUCCUCUUCACCCUCGGCGCCAUCACGAUCUUCGUCUUCGCGCUGCGCUUCCUGGUCUUCACCUUCCGCGAGACGCCCAAGUUCCUUCUCUACCGCGGGCGCGACGCUGAUGCCGUCGACACGCUGCGGCACAUGGCGCACAAGAACGGCCAGACCUGCCGCCUGACACUCGAGGUGCUCGAGUCGCUCGAGCCGUCGUCCGGGCCGGGCUCGAUCGGCAGCGGCGACAGCGCGGCGCCCGUCCUGGGCGGCGGCCUGAACCAGCUGCACGCCGGCAGGCGCGACAAGGUCGUGCUCGAGCUGAGCCGGUACAAGAUGCUGUUUGACGGGUGGCCGAUGACGCGCCUGACGCUGCUUACCUGGCUGACAUACAUUAUGGAUUACUGGGCAUUUACCGUUGCCGGCUUUUACCUCCCCCGCAUCCUCGCCCUCAAGAACGGCGCCGCCUCCGUCAGCCUCAAGGCCACCUACGCCGCCUACAUCUACACCUACGCGCCCGGCAUCGUAGGCGUCCUGCUGGGCACCUGGAUGUACCGUGUCCCCUCGGUCGGCCGCAAGUGGACCAUGGUCGUCUCGGCGGGCCUCAUGGGCGCCUCCAUCUUCCUGCUGUCGGCCGUCGACACGCGCGCCAAGAACGAGGGCCUCUUCACCAUGGAGUACUUCUUCCAGAGCAUGUUCAACGCCGUGCUCUACGGCUGGACGCCCGAGGCUUUUCCCGCGCCCGUGCGCGGCACGGCGUGCGGCAUCGCCGGGUUCUGGGGCCGGCUUUUCGGUAUCGUCAGCCCGCUUAUCGCACAGCACUUAUACGGCAGGUCUGAGGGCGAUGACGGACAGGGGGGUAUCAAUAGUGUGCUGUAUCUGGCUGGGGGUGUCAUGCUGGGCUGUGUGGUGAGCACGGCGCUACUGCCGAAUGAUUUGAUGGAGACCAAGGACGAGCGGUCUUAA